AUGUCCAAUAUUAACAUAACUCUUCUCAAGUCAAUUCAAAAGUUUGAGAUUGAUCUUGCUGAAAUCAAACAAACAUUACACAAGCUUCAAAGCCAAUUCAGCAAUCAAUUUGCGCCAGCAGUCAGUGCGGAAGAUCAAGCUACAAUGCAACAAAGCAUUAUUGAGCAGACUCUUGAGCACAUUCCUGAGUCUGUGAAAAGAGCCCAGCUCACAGAGUACCCUGAUCAGCUUGAUUCUUCACAAGCAGGACUGAAAGGCGCACUGCAAAGACGUUCCGCAAGGGCAGUCUUUGCCCCUAUUAGUCCCUCUUAG